AUGAUGCGUAAAUCGUUUAGCGACCGCGUUUCUUCUCGGAAAUCAACUGAAACGAGAAAUCGCAACUCGAUCCGCGACUCAAAUCGUACAACUAUUCAAAACAAUAAAUAUGCUUGUCCAAAUUGUUCUAUUGAUUUUGGUGAGUCUUCAGAGUUUUUAUUAUAAUUUUUUAUGAGUAUUUUUCCAGGUUCGAGUGAGAAACAAGCUUAUCGAUUAGAGUGUGGCCAUAAAAUGUGCGCAAUUUGUAUCUGGAAUAACAAAUGGUGAUUUUUGAAAAUUUGAGUGCUUUCAAUUUCUUAGAAUUUUUAGCUCAUCAACAACCGAUGUCAGUAAGCCGAAAUCAAAUGGUUAUAAUAUUAAUUGUCAGUCUUGCAAAUCUAUGACAUCAUUCGUUCCAGAUUGCACUUGGUUUGGUUGGUGUCUUCUAGAUUUUCAGAUUAGUUUUCUUAAAUUUUUCAUUUGCAGAUAUCUGUCAACGUGUUGAAGAUCAAAAACACAAAAAAGAACUUGAGAAGGUCAAGGAAAAAGUAAAAUAUGCGGAUGACAAUUUGCAAUCUUUGAAGAAAAGUGGUGAAUAUCAUGAAUGCUCGGAAUGUCAACAGCUUGAAAUUGAGAGACAGUCAGUUGAUUUGUGAACAUAUGAAUAUUUCUCACUAUAAAUAUUCUAAAAUUCACGAAAAAAUCGAUACAUUUUACAGCAUGACAAUUUGCAAAGAUUGUUCAGAUUGCAAUUACAUGGAAAUGAGAGCUGAAGAUGUUCUCAAGAAAGCACUUUGUGCAAGAUGUGCAAUUCAACGACAUAAAAAACAUGAUAUUAUUGAUUUGCUCCCAAUUAUUUCUGGAAAACAAUACGAAAACCAUGUUAAGAAUGUUGAUGCAGCUCGAAAAAGGUUGGAGAAUUCGAUUGUCAAAGAAACCAAUUCCAAUGUUGAAAAUUCGAAGGAAUUGAAUAAAGUAUGCUUGAUCGGUGAAAAAAUAACAAAAUAUCUUGAUAAAUUUUGUUCAGAUUCUUGACAAUUUGCUUGACGUCGCGAAAAGAAGUCGUAAAACGAAGACACAGGUCGAAUUAUUGGAGAAAAUAGUAAAAUAUGCUGAUGAAGUAGGUUUUACAAGUUUAAUAAUAAUCUUCCAGAUAUAUCAACUCUCUUAUUUUCAGGCAAAAUCAAUUCAUCAAAAAGUUAUAUUAGCCAACAGUUCCUCGUAUGAUAGAAUAAUUGAAGAAGUUACGGAAUGUACAAAACAAUAUUCAGCAAAAGAAUAUGUUUUUGAAAAAGAGGAAAAUGAAAAAAAUGUGGUUAAUAUUAAAGCCGAAAAGCCAAAAGUGGAGGAAGUUGAGAAGAAACGAAGAAGAAUCGAAUAUUGA